GGGCAAUUAUCGGAUAUUUCAAACCGAAAGUACAAAUGAGAGAUAAAAUGUCUUGAAAAGUCACUUUGGACGUAUAAAAAUAUGAUGUUUGCUUCUGAAUGCUUUUUAUAAUACCUUGGAAUGGAUCACAUACCUCGAUUAUCACAAGCUGUAUACGUAGGAUUGUGUCAUGAAAUAGGGAGUCCUACAGAAGUGAGAAUCAGGAGAGAAGUGAUGGACACUAAUGACGCUGUUAAUAAAUCUGUGUUUAAAAUGAGGGGCUAUCACCGAAAAUUCAGUGGGAGUAGAUGUGAGGGAUUUAGACUAAUAACUUCUGAUGUUGAUUUAAUGAUGUGGCCUCUAGAUCACAAAGUAAUUUGCGAUCUCUCUCAGAUCAGUCUCUACCGUAUUCCACAACAAACCGUGAUUCUGAUGGUGGGUGAUGAUCUACCACCAGGAUUUACCAGACUUAAUUUGAUGAGUACCUCACAUGAUAAAACAGUCAGCUCCUCCUGUGUGUUUGUGAAUGACAAAGAUUAUAUUUCUAGUACAUUAUUCCGAAAAAAUAAUUUGCAACGUUUGCAGAUCAUUAGCCCACUCCUUUUUUCAUCCAUUACACAUGGACCCUGUUCAUCGAGUAUCAAAGACGACAAUUGUGAAGGAGAAAUUCUAAUCUGCCUUCUAUCACACCACUGGCCUAUAAAAGCAUUACCAUGGAUACAAAGAUGUCAUCAACUAGGAUGGCCGUCUGAGAGUGUUGUAUCGGAUAUAUUAAACGGGGGAUUCCAUGUUGUUCCUAUCGGCAGCACACCUUAUCAUGAGGAGGAAUGGAGAAUUUCAUUCUCCCAAGCAGAAGAAAAAAUUGUUUGGGCAAUGAACCACUCUCAGUUUUUGUGUUAUGGUCUUUUAAAAUUUUUCCUGAAGGAAGUUAUUAAUUCUCAAAACAACAAUUCGAUUCUUUGUUCGUACUUCAUAAAAACGAGUGUUUUUUGGGUAAUUCAGAGUGAUAGUGUUUCGAUCUGGAAAGAAGAAAAAUUAUUAUUUUAUUUCUGGAAAUGUUUCAAAUUAUUGAUAUACUGGGUACGAAUCGGAGAAUGUCCAAACUUUUUCAUUCCACAAAACAACAUGUUUAGAAUAAAAGUCACUGGUUCUGUACAAAAGUCAUUGUUCAGCCGGCUGUAUCAGUUAUAUCGUGAAGGGAUAUCAUGUCUUCUAUUAAGUCCAACCCUUAGACCUUAUCUCAGUCAAGCCAUUGUAUAUAGAACCUUGAGAUUCUGUACGGACGAAAGCAGUAUCAUAACAAAUUCAGAGUUGGAAACCAGCUUCUUUGCAGAACUAAACUCUUUUGAAACUAACUUUAGUUUUAAGAAAUACACAGAAGUUGCAAUUUAUAUGAAUCAAAUAGGGAGACUAAUUCGAAAAAAACGAACACUGCAUCAAGCAGUUAUUUUACAAUAUAUUACAUCUUGUACCUUAAGGAAUUCUGCUCUAUUGAUACAAAACAUUACAUAUCCAAAUACAAAUCGUACUAUCUAUAUCAGUACAGGUAAAGUAUCUUCAUUGUUAAAAUUGUCAUGUACAAUAGGCUGUGCCUCAGAAAUGUUGUAUCUUUCUGUGUACUUCUACAGAAUACGUAUGUAUGAACGGUCACUCAGUAUUUUACAGAAAGCGCAGGGCAGAAUGUCAGUUCCUUACAUUGUGUAUGGAAACAUUGUAGAUAGAGAUAUGUACAGACGCUACACGGCAGGGAUGUCACUUGGUAAAAAAAUCGGAAAAGCUGUCGUGUUUGACACACUGAUGUACAAUGAUAUGUUAGGUUACAUUAAUGAACUAGUAUUCGAACAAAAUGCCAGUAAUAAGAAUGGAAUGACUUUAUUGAACAUUCCACCUCGAGUGAUGUUACACAUGUUGUUUAUACUGAAUCACCACAGACUGGGUGACACAGUCAGGUCACAACAAUCUCUACAGGAUCUACACAGUCUGCUGCUCUAUGAUGACGGGGUCAAUGUACCUUUACACCUCAGGGAUAUUUCUUGGCAAAUACUGGGUAUCUGUCAACAAACCACGGGAGAUUAUUCAGGAUCUCUACAGUCCUAUCAAUAUUCGUUACAACAAUAUCCAUUUAACAAGAUCCAGGAAGCAACUCUUUUUAGAAUGAACACACUUCCUAAUGGAGCUAUGUAAUACUGAUUUGUUAAAAUGAAAACUUGUUGUUGAUUUGUUUUGUAUCUUGA